ACCACUUAUUAUGCGGAAAAGCGAGUUAGAACAACAACCUCAGCAUUUCACUUCCUUCUGUGCAGUUUUCAGCCCGGAACAUGACUUGUGUUCAGGUUGUGGCUGUAGGAACACUCUGGUGGAAUAACUGGACUCUAGAUCGUUUGAUCUGCUAAACUUAAGAGAAGACUUGGACUGGAUCGUCUUCUGAAGGUGGGAUCGCGUUGUGGGCGCAGUUCUGCGGGGCCUACCUGUGCGGACUUGUCCGCAAACCCAAGGUGGGGGAGUGAAACUCACGUAGGCACACCUUUUUCUCUCUCUCUCUGUCUCUCUCCUCUCUGAAAGGCGGAUGAGUGGCAGAUCUAGACCUUGGAAUAAUGUCGGCAAAUGAACGAACGAUCCGAACUUUUAAAGAACUCCUGCUACGGACUGGGAAUGAUGGCUGCGCAGACUGCGGCGCGCCGGGUCCAACUUGGGGCUCUUGCUCUGUUGGAGUGUUCAUCUGUCUGGAUUGCUCUGGGAUCCACCGAAAUAUCCCAGAAAUCAGCAAAGUCAAGUCCCUGAGACUGUCUCACUGGGAGGACCAUGAAAUACAGUUCAUGGCAGAGAACGGUAACGAGCUCAUGAAGCAGAAAUAUGAGGCUGCUGUUCCUAUCUACUACUACAAACCAACGUUCAAAGACUGCCAGGUCCUGAAGGAGCAGUGGAUUAGAGCCAAGUAUGAGAGGAAAGAGUUUUUUGAGUCUUGGAAAAGCUUUACCUAUGAAGCAGGGGUCAGAGACGGUAUGUUGAUGAAAAGGGGGCGGGACAAUGGACAGUUUCUGAACAGACGAUUUAUCCUUUCAGAGAGAGAUGGAACUCUGAAAUAUUUCACCAAAUAUGAUGCUAAGGAGCCCAAAUUAGUGAUUAAGGUGGACACCAUAAAUGCGACAUUCCAGCCAGAGAAGAUUGGAAACCCCAACGGCCUGCAGAUCACCUUCCUAAAGGAUUACAGCACUCGGAAUAUCUUUGUGUAUCAUGAGAGUGGCAAGGAAAUAGUAGACUGGUUUAAUUCGAUCCGGGCUGUUCAGCUUCACUACCUCAAGGUGGCCUUUCCUGGUGCAACUGAUGCAGAGCUGAUUCCCAAACUCACUCGGAACUUUCUCAAAGAAGGUUUCAUGGAAAAAACUGGUCCCAGGCAAACUGAAGGAUACAAGAAGCGCUGGUUCACCCUGGACCACAGACGACUCAUGUACUUUAAAGAUCCACUGGAUGCCUUUGCUAAAGGGGAGGUUUUCCUGGGCAACAAGGACCAUGGUUACAGUGUAUCUCCUGGCUUUCCCCAUGGCACCAGCUGUAACAGCUCUUGGCAGUACGGCAUCACGAUAACAACACCUGAACGCAACUUCCUGUUUACAUGUGAGACAGAGAGUGACCAGCUCGACUGGCUGAAACACUUCAACAAUGUCAUGAGUGCGCCGAUGUCCCCCCAAGAGUACACGAUGGAAGCCACGUUUAGGCACAAACACUGACGGAUCAAAACCCGACUGGACCGUUUUUCACCUCUUUGCCGGGGACCGCUCUGAUGGAAACCUUCAUCGUUUCUGACCUGAAAUCUCAUCCUCAUCACUGAUGCUUAAAGUCAUGCUCAUCAAGUUCAGAAUGAAAGCAGGAUCACCAAAUCCUAAUCAGUUACACUACGGUUUAUGAGAAAAGUUUUUGUUUGUUUGCACAUUGCAGUUUUAUUUUUUUAUCAAGAUUCUUUGAAAGUCUCUCGAUGUUGUUGUUUUUCUCCCUCUCUAUAUCAUCUGCUGAUCACAGUAAACACUAUUUCCUAUGUGCAAGAGACUUUUUAUAGAAUAUAAAUGCAUAAUACACUUUUUUUCUUCAUUAAAACCUUGCUUCUCUUGUGCCAAUCUUCUCUGUAGAGAUCAAAAUUGUAUUUUGGGAAAUUACUAAUGUUUUAAGACCAAUAGCACCACAAGUUGCAUACUUGUUUCACAUUAGGCUUUUUUUUUGUUCAUUAUAUUCUAUGAAAACACUAACUGAUGUGUUUAAAUUUACUUUUUUAAAGGGACUUUACGGACUUUUGAAUUUUUACAGUCACAGUAGCUGUAACUUUUAUAUCCUUGAUGACACCUGAAACAACGUCAAACCAAAGAACAGUUCGAAGCGAAAAUGGCUAUUUUGUUGCUAAUUUGCAGGAAAUAUCUAGAAGAAAGUUCUACAGAAAGUAGCUAAGGGUCCUCAGAAAUGUAGCUAGGUUUGUCACUAGGCGUUAGGAACCGCGACAAAGUCGCUGAGUUGGCACUACCUCUCUCUGCUGCUAAAGCUACGGAUAGCAAAUGCUACGGGCGAUGCCUGAGCGUGAACGCGCAUGAAGCAGCCUGCUCAACCCGAGCAUCUCUCUUUUUCUGUGAUUUUACAGAAAAACAGGCAAUCACAGUAAAAAUGCCAGGGCUCAUUCUACAGGACCAGGGCAUUGCAGGAGAACGUAUGAAGAAGACAUUUAUUAUUUCUAUACAUGUUUUGGCUGUCAAACUUCCAUAAUGUCCCUUUAAGAUACAAUUUUGUAGUUUUCUUAAAAAUGUAUUGCAAAAACUGGUCAUUGGCUGAUGGCUCGACAGCUCCUCCAUGUGGUGCAGAGUAUUUUGAAGAGGAAUGUUCACUUCCAUGUUUUACAAGUUUGAAAUUACCUGUUUUACAAUAAGUUACAAAUGAUUCAAAUUAUCUGACAAGCACAAAUAAAGGGUUUUAUGAAGGGGUGCACCGAUCUAUCAGCCCCGAUCUUGUUUUUGUUCAAAAUCGGUGAUCGGCCAAAAACAGCAAUCGGUGCACCCACCCCAGUUAAUGUUGAAGCAAAUCAUUGCUUUAGAAUAAUUUUUGAGGAGAAAUGUGCCAACACAGGUACAAAAGUUUUGUUUUCAAAAUUAGAAAAAUGAAAGUCUAAAGGAACAAAUAAGAUUUUGUAGUUCAAACAGCAAUGCUGAAUACGGUCAUUUAUAUUUGAGAACAUUACCCCAUGUCCAGUUGAAACUGGAAUUGUUUCAUGACUAUUCACAUUGGUUUUCUCAAUAAAAGGAAAUUGAAACAUCGA